AUGAAAUUUAAGAAAAAAAAAAAAAAAGGGAAAGAACCUCCCAAAAAAGUGUUUGUGGGUGGAUUGAGCCUGAAUACUUCUGAAGAACAAAUUAAAGAAUAUUUUGGAGGCUUUGGAAUUGAAAACAUUGAACUUCCCAUGGAUACAAAAACAAAUGAAAGAAGAGGACUUUGUUUUAUCACAUAUACCGAUGAGGAGCCAGUAAAAAAAUUGUUAGAAAGCAGAUAUCAUCAAAUUGCUUCUGGGAAGUGUGAAAUCAAAGUUGCACAACCCAAAGAGGUAUAUAGGCAGCAACAGCAACAACAAAACGUGGAAGAGGUGCUGCAGCUGGUGGCCGAGGUCAGGGCCAAAACUGGAACCAAGGAUUUAAUAACUAUUAUGGUCAAGGAUAUGGAAAUUACAAUAGUGCCUAUGGUGGUGAUUAAAACUAUAGUGGCUAUGGUGGAUAUGAUUAUACUGUGUAUAACUAUGGGAACUAUGAAUAUGGACAGGGAUAUGCAGACUACAGUGGCCAACAGAGCACUUAUGGCAAGGCAUCUCAAGGGGGUGGCAAUCACCAAAACAAUUACUAGCCAUGGAAAAGGAGAACAUUGUAGAAAACAAGAGGAGAUGUUAAAGCAACCCAUCUUUCAGGACGACAUUGAAGAUUAGUCUUCUGUUGAUCUAAGAUGAUUAUUUUGUAAAAGACUUUCUAGUGUACAAGACACAAUUGUGUCCAACUGUAUAGAGCUGCCAAUUAGUUUUCUUUGUUUUUACUUUGUCCUUUGCUAUUUGUGUUAUGACUCAAUGUGGAAUUGUUUAUACAUAUUUUAUUUGUAUGAUUUCAUGUUAAACUUCAAAUCAUUGUUUCCUUAUAUGAUUGC